AUGUUCUACGACGCCCCCUCCAUCCACACCGUCGUGCUCAAGCCCCUCGCCUCUGGCGCCGAGUAUGCCUACUCCGUUGCGGGCGAUGAUCGCGAGUUCCGGUUCCGAAUGCCGCCGGCCGCCGGCGAGGCGUACCCCCUCCUAUUCGGCCUCACGGCCGACCUAGGCCAGACCGCGGCGAGUGAGGCCAGCGUGUCCAAACUGCGUCGCAUGAUGGCUGGAGCGCCGGUGCAUGCCGGCGUCGUCAUCAUAGCGGGAGACCUCGCCUACGCCGACGGGUGGCACUCGCGAUGGGAUUCGUUUUCGAGGAUGCUGGAGCCGCUGGCCGCUUCACACCCCGUUAUGACGGCGGGUGGCAACCACGAGGUCUCCUACGGCGAGGCGUGGAUCGGGUACAAUGCGCGCUACCCGAUGCCGCACCGGGAGAGCAACUCGCGCUCAAACCUGUGGUGGUCGCGAGAGGUGGGGCCGGCGCACCUGACCUCGCUCUGUUCGUACUGCGCCUACCACCCCGGCUCUUUGCAGUACGAGUGGCUCCUGCGAGACAUGGCACAGGUCAACCGCACGCGCACUCCAUGGCUCAUCGUCACCCUGCACGUCCCGUUCUACCACUCCAACUCGGCGCACGUCGACGAGGCGGCGGGCAUGCGCGCGUCCAUGGAGGGACUGCUGUACGCGGCGGGGGUGGACGUAGUCCUCGCGGGGCACGUUCACGCCUUCGAGCGCACGCAUCCGAUGCACGAGCGGCGGCCCAACCGCUGCGGCCCCGUGCACCUCAACCUGGGCGACGGCGGGAACCGCGAGGGCACCACCCUGCCGUGGCUCCACCCUGCUCCAGACUGGUCCGCCUUCCGGGAGGGCUCCUUUGGCGUGGGGGGGCUCACUCUCAUCAACGCCACACACGCCAUCUUCAACUGGUCGCGGACGGCGUGCGAGACGCAGUAUGCGCCCGACCACAUCGACCUGAGCCCGCUAUGCGAGAGC